AUGAUUGCUAUGGCGAUAGAUGCAAAUUCUCAGUUGUUCCCACUUGCCUUUGCUGUUGUGGAGGGAGAGAGCAACACAUGGAGUUGGUUCUUGGAUUGUAUAAGGCAUUAUGUCACUAAGAGGGACGACUUAUGUGUUAUAUCUGAUCAUCACAAGGGAAUUUUACAUGCAAUGAAUAGAGUUCGAAAAGGUUGGGAAGAGCCAUUUACAUUCCAUCGGUUUUGUAAACGUCUUCUAGCUUCGAACGUGCAUAAGAAGUUCAAGAACAUAGCAGUCAAAAACUUAUUUGCAAAAGCUUCUGAACAGACAAAGAUUUGGAAAUAUAAUUUCUACAUGAAUCGCCUUAAAGAGUUUAACGAGGACGCGUAUAAAAACUUAGUGAAUGGUUCUAUUCAUGAGCGCCAAUGGACUUUGAUUCAUGACGGUGGGCAUCAAUAUGGAGUAAGAACUACAAACAUGUCUGAAAAGUUCAAUGACGUAAUAAAGGGGGCCAGGUCACUCCUAAUCACUUCAUUGGUUAGGAUGACAUUCUUCCGGGUUAACGAAUACUUUGCCAUAAGGAGGGAUUUAGGGAGAAACAAAUUAGACAAUGGACAUGUGUAUGCCAAGAAACCAACUGAUACGAUUGAUAAGAAUGCUAAAAAAGCACGCUUUCAUGAUGUUAAGAUAUAUGACACAGUGCGUGGGAUAUUUGAGGUCACCACUGGUUGUGGCAACAGGAUAGCAGGAAAAGGUAGAAAAUCCUACAUGGUUGACCUCACAGCUACAUCAUGCUCCUGUCAGAAACCAACCAUCUUCAAGUUACCGUGCUCACAUGUUCUUGCAGUAUGUCGAGCUCGUAAUAUAUCGUAUGAUGCUUUUGUGGACCCUUCAUUUCACACUACAAAAUACGCAUCGACAUAUAAGAAGACUUUCAUGUCUAUUCCAGACAUGUUCACCCGCGAUCCUUGGAGCGUCCCUACAGUUGUUCCAGAUCCCUCAACGAAGCGUGGAAAGCAUCAUCCCCGAUCAACUCAUAUACGGUACGAAAUGAAUGCAUCGUUGAUGCAUCCUCGUAACACGUGUAGCUUUUGUGGAUUUAGUGGUCAUAAUAAGAAAACAUGCCCUUGAAGAUCAACAAAGUAUGUUUUUUUUAAUAUUUUGUAAUAUCAUGUUGACUCUGAUACUAUUUAUGUGAUUUUUAUAACACUUAAGUAUGUAACAGCGAUGUCGUGCCCAGUUGAUCCAUCAGUGCUUACGCUUCAGGCGAUACACAGGAGCGUAGCUGCGUGGGAAGGCUCCACUGCCUAAUUGGUUACUCGUCAGCACUACCAGGUGAGUACGUUACAUUGGGAGGUGGAUGACAGGGUAUUAGAGGUAGUCGAAUUAGCUGGUUUCAGAUACAUUCACAGGUUGUUGCGCGGGGGCUUAGAGCUCGAUCGAGCUCUUAUCACUGCAUUGGUGGAGAGGUGGAGGCCAGAGACUCAUACCUUCCACCUCACAGUUGGAGAGGCAAUGAUUACGUUGCAAGAUGUGGCAGUUAUAAUGGGUCUGCCCAUUGAAAGACAAGCAGUGAUAGGUCAUGGAGAGAGAAAUUGGCCAACAUUAGUUCAUGAUCUACUAGGGGUUUGGCCUGAAAACACUCAAGACCCCACACAGCCGAAUAUCAUCAUUGGAUUGUCAUUGAAGCUGACUUGGCUUCGAGUGCAUUUUAGCGCGCUAGAGGAUGAUGUUACGGUUGAUAGACAUGCGCGAGCGUACAUCUUGUACCUGUUUGGAUGCAUCUUGUUUCAAAACGAAAGCGGUGACUCCGUGCAGUUGAUCUAUCUCCCUCUACUGGAAGACUUGGAGCGGGUAGAUGAGUACAGUUGGGGAAGUGCUACCCUAGCGUAUCUGUAUCGUAACUUAUGUCGAGCAUCUCGUAAGGGUGCUAAGGACAUUGGUGGCUGCUUGAUGUUGUUAGAGAUAUGGUCAUGGGAGCAUAUUCAUAUAGGGAGACCCAAAAUUCGGACGAUUCGACCCGAUGGGCAACAUAUGACGCGGAGGAUUUUGAACCGGUGUUAGGUUCACAGCAUUGUCAAGCUAAAUCUCCCGGAUCGUGUCAUGCGUCAAUUCGGUUUGGAGCAAGUUAUUCCGGAUGCCUGUGACACCCAACCUCAACUACAUGUGAUCGAUCGGAGGACUGGGGACAUGAACUACGUCGUACGACAUAGAUCGCAUGUAGAUGCGUGGAAUAACCGAGCAUCUACAUUGGUUCGAGGAGGUAACUUCACAGGUCAUAGCUCUGGUAUGUACAUGAGUUGGUACAAGCGUAUCUCCAUAUUACGACUAACGAACACCACAUUUGCGCAGCCAGGAUCACAUUACCAUCCGACAUCUACGUUACUGGCUGAACGCAUCCGAUCGGUGCUCAUACAAUGCAAUGACACGAUUCAAGGGGCUGCUACAUCGCCAGUUGAUGUGGGGUAUCGGCUAUGUUCUCAGACCCUAGCAUCCAUUAACACGUCAUUGACCGAUGCAUUGAGUCAGACGGGUUAUGAGUAUCUCAUACCGACCCCACCCAUCAUUGGCGAGGUAGAUGACACAUUCCACACUCCAUCUCCAUGGAGUUCAGCCCACCGAGGUAGCUCUUCCGGAGAAUCCAGUUCUCGGUCCACAAGAGGUCGCCAGCGUUCAUCUACUCGAGGCCGGUCUUCCAGAUUGCCAUCGACCUCCGGUACUAUGUCGCCAUUCCAUCCUCAGCUUCCAUAACCACUCCUCCUCCACAUCCAUCGCCUCCGCAAAGGAUCAUCACAUAUCAGUGUGCUAGUCAACGGCGAGCUCAUGCUCUUAAUGUCAUUGCGGAGGUUGACGAGUUCACACCAUCAUCAUCCACCGGUGCGCAAAACAAAAGGGGCCGGGGAUUGUAGUUUAACAAACUUUGUAUAUUCUUAUUUGAUUUGAACUUCUUGUAUGACUUUCCAUAAUUGUAAUAUAUCUUCGCAUUAUUUUUAUAAUUAAUUUUUUCAAAUCAAGCUGGUUCGUAAUUGAUUAUUAUGGAAUAGAUGGUAUUGAACUAGUUUAAUGCAGGUUGCGGUAACUAUUUAGGGGAAAUGAAAGAAAAAAAAAAGCUGCAGGCCACAAGCAAACUGCCACAUGAAGUGGCGGUUUACCAGGGACAAAAUCGCCAAAUGAAAUGGCGGUUUGCCUUGAUCAAACCGCUACUUCAUGUGGCGAUUUAUUAAAUAAGGCAAACCGCCAUCUCAACUGGCGGUUUUGUCUGAAAAAAAAAAACCAAAUUUCCACAUGGACGAUGUUGUGGAAAAUACUUUCUCACAUAAUGCAAAGUGGGAAUUAUUUUUUUUUUUUAGCAAUAUUAUGGGAAAACUUUCUUUUCUUUUUAAUAUAAAAAACUCUUAAGACUUAUAAUAUUAUUGAUUUUAAUGAAAAAGGAAAGUAUUAAAUCUUUUGCAAAAGCAUAUGUUAGCAACCUAUCUCAGUUUGCUUUUUUUUUUCACAUUCUCGUUUGUCAACUUCUCUGUUACUAUUAUUACUCCAUAAAAAGGGAACCAGCUAUUUCUUCUUCCUUACUAGUCCAUCAUGUCCUUUGCAUGUUGCUUCCAUACCUCGUUAAUCGUAAAACUUGGUCAUAACUUUAGGCAAAAGAAAAAUUGAAAUUUCGUAUUUAUUGGUUUAAUUCCAACCAUUUUCCAUUCAUUUCCAAAGUGCCCGUAUGCAGCGGAAUCGUAAUGCAAUACUGCUAUUUAUUUUUCUUUCUGUUAACUUGAAUUAUGUCGUGUUUUAGUUUGGAUGAUAAGUUUAGUAUUUUACACUUAUUACUUCUUCUUUGGGGUUUAUCGAGAGCUUUGUUUAGCAUUUUAUGGUUGAAUGUGGUCGAGAUUUGCUGAGUUGAGUUUUUUUUUUCUUUUGUACACCUUUUCAUGCCUUAAUGAUAUAUUCGAGUUGAUUCAAGCAUGUUUCUAGCCAUUCUGGUUCUCAAACAUGUCCGCCGAGGUUCAUAAAUACAUCAUUGCAUGUUUGGACACCAUUGAAUAGCUCAUGAAGGCUUUCGUCAAAGUUAAGGAAAGUUCGAGGGUCAGACGAUGAGAUUUCAAGUCAUUAAGAAUUUCUGUAUUGAUCUGGCACAUGCUUUGGGCAAGAUUAUUAGAGCUACAGUCGAAGCUAAGUUGAAGAAAGCUCAUGUGCUUCUCUAACACAAGUUUUUGUCGGAUCUGAUGAAGUUUCGGGCGAAAAUUACUAGCUUCGGGCGAGAUUGUUGUAGUUUCGGUUGAAGCUAAGUUGAGCACAAGUUCUAGUUUGAUAAAGCUUCGGGCGAAUUGGGCAUGGCUUCGGUCGAAGCACAAUUGAGAGGAUCUUCUGAUACUUUCUAAUUAAAGCUUCGUGCGAAGCUGUAUGGAACUUCAUGCGAAAUUUCUCAAUUUUGAGCAAAUUGUAUUUGGCUUCGACCAAAAUAGACUGCGCCUGCUCUUCAUAUCCUUCGACUUUAAAAACCUAUCAUAUAUAUACUGCUUUUUCUAGUUUUUUAUGGAGUUAUCUUAGAAUUUGUUUAGAAUUCUAAUUACUCUUUUAUGCUUUACUUAUCCUUCUUUAAUCA